AUGAUACCAAUCUUCAACUAUGGAGAACAAAUAUGUAGUUCAGCUGCAGUUGAAUCCAGCUUCAAAAAAUUAAAAACGGUCACUAUGAAAAAUGUUGUUUUACCCACUAAUAUUGAAAUAUUUUUAGAAAAUCAUGUUAUGUCUUUAAAAGGAGCAUCACUUAUCCGAAUAGCCAAAAAUCAAUCUAAUAUGUCACCAUACUCUUCUACUGAAGAAGUUGAAGAUCGAUAUAACACUGAUUUGAAUCAUUCAUUUUCAUUUAAUUUGUUAGAAACUCACGAUGUUAAUGAUCAACAAGAUUUAGGUGAUAAUUGUCUCUCAAAAAAUGUGUCACCAUCUUUUGUUUUGGAAAAAUUCAACGAUUAUGAUGAAAAUGAAGCAUUGAUUGUAGUUGAUACAGUCAAUGAACAAACACAUUUUAACAAAAAAAUUACUUUAAUUGAUGAGUUGUGUUGUAAAAGUUCAAAUGAGUUUAAUGAAAAUAACCCAAUGUCAGUAGAUGAGGAUAUAGAAAACAAUAGACAAACGAGUUUUACUGAAGAAAAUGCCGCACUUGAGGAAUGGAAUCGUAAAAGCCUUAAACAAAGAAAAAGUUGUUCUUAUUUAGUUCCAAACCCGCAUUUAAGAUAUUUGAAUUUGAAGAAUAGCAAUAAAAUUCAAUCGUUGCCUAUUUUAAAAAAUGGGUCAAGAUUUCAAGACCUAAAGAGUUCUAAAACUAUUAACAAAACCGACAGAGUUGUUUUAAGUAACACCUGUGCAUUUGAUGCAUUAUCAUCUAUACUCAUGAUAUCAUAUUGUGAUAGUCAAAUGUAUUCAGAGUUCAUGGAUUCAUUCAAUGAUGAUAAGUACUUCAAUUUCAUAUCAAGUUUAGUGAAAAAUGGAAUUACAUCCUCAACUUACACUAAAAGAACAGAAGUUAUAAUGCUUUAUUUAAAACCAGAAUUACAACUGUUGCAAUAUAACAUCACAUUAGCUAAAUGUGAUGCUACCAUGGGUCAUGUUAUGAAAGCUUUGCUAAAAGAUUACCCAACAAUUGAAGAAUUUUCAAAAUGUUCUUCCAACAUUUGCAUAAAAACAUCCAAGUGGCAAGUUAUGUAUUUAACGUAUCAGACGGGAAAAAACGGAAACUUAAGUGGCUUACAGCAUUUCAUCAAAGAACGCACUGGUGUGGAGUAUUUGGAAUGUAGUGAGAAUUGUGAUGGUAUGAAAGCUGUACAUUCAAAAAUAUCAACCCACCAUUUAUUUAUUGAUGUUUUGCAAUGGGAAGGUAAUGAUCUAACUUCAUCCAUGUGUAGUACUGAAGCAGCUAGCAUGGUUCAAGUAAAGCUGAGUGAUAUUCCACAGAUACUUGUGUAUGAAAGCAUCACAUUUGAACUUCGUGGUGCUAUACAUUUCUAUAAAGGAAAAAAUGGAUUGAGAAAUUCGAUAGGCCAUUAUACAGCUUAUGCUAAAAGAGGUACGCAUAACUGGGAAUUGUACGAUGAUCUCAAAAAAAGGCCAAUUCCAGUAAAGGAAAACAGUUUAAUAUUAUGUGAAUUUUUAAUUUACACGAUUUAA